AUGGGUGAGCCACAGCAAGUGAGUGCCCUUCCACCACCUCCGAUGCAAUACAUCAAGGAGUAUACGGAUGAAAAUAUUCAGGAAGGACUAGCUCCCAAGCCUCCACCUCCAAUAAAAGACAGUUACAUGAUGUUCGGCAACCAGUUCCAGUGUGAUGAUCUUAUCAUCCGCCCUUUAGAAAGUCAGGGCAUUGAACGGCUUCAUCCUAUGCAGUUUGAUCACAAGAAAGAACUGAGAAAACUGAAUAUGUCUAUCCUUAUUAAUUUCUUAGACCUCUUAGAUAUAUUGAUAAGGAGCCCUGGGAGUAUAAAGCGAGAAGAGAAACUGGAAGAUCUUAAGCUGCUUUUUGUACAUGUUCAUCAUCUCAUAAAUGAAUACCGACCUCACCAAGCAAGAGAGACCCUCAGGGUCAUGAUGGAGGUGCAGAAACGUCAACGCCUUGAAACAGCUGAGAGGUUUCAAAAGCAUCUGGAAAGAGUCAUUGAGAUGAUUCAAAAUUGCUUGGCUUCUUUGCCUGAUGAUUUGCCCCAUUCAGAAGCAGGGGUAAAAGUAAAAACUGAACCAAUGGAUGCUGAUGAUAGCAACAAUUGUACUGGACAGAAUGAUCAAGAAAGAGAAAAUUCAGGUCAUCGGAAAGACCAGAUUAUAGAGAAAGAUGCUGCCUUGUGUGUUCUAAUUGAUGAAAUGAAUGAAAGACCAUAA